CGGCGGUCGCCACACGGGGUAUUGAUCUCGAGAAGGCUGCUUCGUGGAAGGGCUGGAGCGCCAUUUUCCUGUGAUUUAAGUUUCAUCGCGCAUGUGAACUAAACCUCCCAAAACACGCAGAGCGCUGGAUGUGCUGUGUCCUGUUUAAAGCAGUAUGCCAAUUAGAGCGACCAGGCGUGGCGUAUUCGAAAGAAGUGUCCGCAUGACCCACGACCGCGCGCAAUGCGCUCUGUCGAAAUCCGUGUUUUGGUAGGUCGGUUCCUAGGUCAAGGUCAUGAGUGUAUGGAUCUGCGGGGCGUCAAGAAGCACGGUGGAUGUUGAGAGACAACUGGGGCAGCUGUGAUCGCUGGGACAUUGUGUGAAACUCGUGUCUCCGGCGACAGCGGACGAAUGCAGGGGGAUGCAAGGCUUGUGGGGUUAUGAAAGUAUCGUGGAUUCGCCUGAAAGGCUGCAAUUCCAAAUGAUCUCAUUCACGCUUGAUCCCCAGUGGUGUGGCCUUUUGUUUUCCAUUUACUGUCGCCAUGAAAAAACCAGCGUCUUAGGGCCAGAUACGUUCAGCACUUGUACGCUUACUGGACCACCGUUGGAUGCAGACUGGAUUGCAUUCGCCGGCAGUAUUGGUGUAGAAAUAUGUCGCCUCUCAUCAAGCUGGGCACUCAUCUUCGAGACAGUAAAAGCAAGUGGAGUUAUCCUCUUACUAGGAGUUGGAAGCUUGGUGUGCUACAAAUUAUACCACUAUUAUUGGCCAGGUUCUCGCUCACGACUUAAUUCUCCUAAUUCUUCUCCACCUCAUUCUCGAUAUGGUGAAAAUUUAAUUUUGUAUCAUGUUCGAGAUGAUAACCAAUUGGUGGAAGACCUUGAUGAUGAGGAUAUCAGCAGUAUUGAGGGUCGAUACUUUGGACCUGCACCAGUUCCUAGCAAAAGUAGUUUACAACAUGGAAUUGACGUAGCUAACUUUCUGAGAAAAAGCAGAUUUUUCUCAAUUAUUCCUUCAGCUUCACAUUUUAAGUUUGGGUUAUCAUAUGACGAGUAUGGAAAUGAAAGCAGCACGUUUGAAGAAAGUCAAAUGGAGAAGCUCUCAAACAGUUCAUCUGCAUCUUCUCCUUGUGGCCUUCAGCAUUUCCGUCAGGGCUCAUGGUCUAUGAAACAUAAUAUGGGGCCAGGAUUACACAGGGCUUGUUUAAAAGAACAAAAGAAAACAUCCAAAGAUAAUGACUCAAGUUGGUUAAUAAAGCGACUAAAAAACAUGCUCUCAGUGUCUCAAGGACCUCAGCUAUUAGAACAUGGUUGUGCAAGUCUUCCUGUUACCCCUGGAUGCAGACUAAAACACAGAAAUAGGGACCGAAAAAUUGUAACCAAUUGGGAAGAUGGUUGGAAAUAUGCACCUUUUGGAAUGUUUAGAGAUAAUAAACCUUCAAAUGGAGAUGGAUCAUCUAUGGCAUCUCGAAAAAGUUCUUUUGGAAGUAAUUGUUCACCCAUUUUAAUUCACUCUAGGAUUACAAGAGAUGAAUCUUUUGAUUCUCUGGGAUAUUCUAAGAGAUUACCAAGGGAAGGGUCAUUUGAUAGUACUUGUUCAGAAUUAAGUUUGGACAUUUCUCUUCCGGAAGCUCCAAAUGAAAGCAGCACAAUGUUGUGUCUUGAUAACCUGCAAGAGGAAAUUGAUCAACUUAAAAAUCAUUGCCUCAUGAUGGAUGAAGAAUUUGAAACAAUUAAAUGUAAUCGCAACCUUCCUGGAAUGUCAAGUCUGAUGAAUGUUAAUGUGAACAGCAAUAAUCGAUUAGAAAACAAAGCACAAAGUCCACAUGAUGCCUUGCAAGAAACAUUAGCUCAGGAGAAUGCUCGAGCUUGUUUUGCUGGUUUAUAUAGUCUCACCACAAUAAAGAAUAGCACAUCAUCAGAGUUGUCAGAUUCUUUUACUGCUAAUGGUAGAGCUAGUGUUGGUUCUGCGGAGUCUCUAGCAUGGGACUCGCCAAUUGCAGUGGCCAGUCCUGUGAAAGUAGGUAGCACUGAUGACUCGUAUAUUGCUGAAAAUGUAUGUGUUGUAUCUAAUCCUGAUAAUUGUACAAAACCAACUAUGGAGAGAGUAGCAGAAGAGUUAGAGUGUCAAAUUUUGAACUCUGAAACUGCUUCUGUUCAUAUUGAGGACAACUCAAUGGCUGAGCUGGAAUGGGAUGAGGAUGGUUUAGAUGAUUUCAUUGAGGAAGAAGAGUUAGAACCCACACAAUUUGACAAAAUGGCUGAAACUGUUGUACCCAAAGAAACAAAUAGUAACUACAAUGCCUCUGAGGAACACUUUGUAGAUCCUCAAAUAACAGCAAAUGAUAUGGUGAGGAGUACAAUAUCAACAAGCUCAUUUAGUGAAAGAUCAUCAAAAGCAGAAAGUAGUGGAUUUGAAAGCAAGUUAACUGACUCUACUAUAACAGACGUAUCCUCCCAGUGGCAUUGUGAUUGGGACCAAAAUAUCAAUCCUUGGAAUAAUUGUGCUCUGGAAGAAUCUGGAUUUUUAGAAUGGGAUAAUAACAUAAAUUGUUCUAGACAACCACCAAGGGACUGGAGUGAAGGACGGGAAACAAUUGCAAGUUUUAGUGAACAAUCCACUCCAAUGAGUGAUGUCCCAAAUUCAGAGGCAAUAUCCCCAAUGUCAAAUUUUCCCAUUUCUACAUCAAAUGUCACUGAAAAUGUAGGGCCUAAAGUUAACAUUUUUGAGUAUGCUAUGAGAGAAUGGCAAGGUCACACAAAGAAGGCAGAAACAAUUCUGAAGGGAUAUGCAGAAAUUCCAUCAUUAUUGGGUGUUCAAUAUUUACGAAGUAUUCGAGGUGAUAAUUAUUGUGGAGUUCGAGCUGCCUUAUUUCAAGUAUUAUCAAAAGGAUUACCACUCCCUAGUGGUAGUACUGUGUAUGAUUAUUUAUCUAACGCUUGUCGAAUGGGAAACAGUAAAUGGUUACAAAAUUGGAAUUUUGCUGGGAGACUCCCUUAUGAAAGCAGUAACGUAUUACAUGGAAUGAAAUCUUGUCUGGAAUCACUUGACAACAUGGUUUCUGUAUUGUCUUCAAGUGAAGACAGACAGCAAACGUUGGUUGCAUUGCUCAAUCGUAAUCCAUCAUUAGAUCUGCACUUAAUGGAAGCUGCUAAACUACACAUGCUUAUGUGUGCAAUGGAAUUAUAUGAAGCCAGUUCGGCAGGUCUAGAUGUUCCAUUGUUUGCUAUGUUAAUGUUUGCUCGUGAUACUUCUGAAACUCCUCGUGAUCUCAUGAAUAACCACUUGAAAAACGUUGGAAAUACUGGAGGCUUGGAGCAGGUGGAGAUGUUUUUACUUGGAUAUGCUCUGCAAGUUACUUUGAGGGUUGUACGCCCUGCUGCACAUGGAACAGAAGAUUUUAUAUGCUGUUAUCCUGAUUGGAACCUUGGUGUAUGGCCAGAGGUCAUACUUAUAGCAGAAGAUGACCGUCAUUAUAAUGUGCUAGUUGUACAAAAAUUUGGAUUAACGUGGUUAACAAUAUUAAGAGGAGAACUCAUACUGUUGAAUGACUGGAUAGAAUAUAUUGGUACUGAAAUUAUUUUUCUGGUUCUGUCAUUUUUCAUUCAAAUUACAUGUGAUAUACCUAUAGAAACCAAUUGAAAUAAAAUUUAUUCUUAUUUAUUUUUAAAAGAUUGCACUUGACAACAGUAACAUAAAAUGAAGGUGCUGACAUGAUAGAAAUAGCUGUUGCUACAUGACACUCUGUAUGGCUGUCUUUGUAUUUUGAUUCAUUGAGUUUUCCUUUGCUUACUAUAAAUACAGCUUGUAGCAGGCAGCUAAAGACAUUUAUUUUGAAAAGGAAAAUAAAAUUCAGAGACAGCACUUUUAAACAGUUUGUUGGUCUGUAUAUUAUGUGAUAAUAAGAUGGUGCAUACCACCACCAUGGAACAUUAUUUUUCCAAAGAAAAUAAGUAACAAUAGACUUCAUCUGAACUGCUCCCUUUUUUAAAAACGGAAUGCUGUUGUGAUCUGCCCUGCAAAAGAAGUCAUAAAGGUAUAUAUUUAUAAUAUUGUAUAUAAAGCAUGGCAGAAGUGUAAGUAAUUGUGAAGAGUGUUCAGAGUGUUAAAUGUAGCAACAGGAGAAAGUAUCUUUUGGUGAAAAAUUCCUAAAUAUUCAAGUUAUUAGCUGAAAAUAGAGGCAAAAAGGUUUCUUUGUUGCAUUUUAUAUCUUGUUUAAGGCCUAAAAGAAACUCUUCAAUUUUUAAUGAGAUUAAAAAUAUAAUUUUUUAAAUUCUGUUUCUCCAAAUGAGCAUUCCUUUGUAUUCCACUGAAAUAUUAUACAUUGGCCUGUAGAUUUAUCUUCGUAUAUAUUCACUUGGUACAAGAUUGUACAGGAAAUAACGCAAAAUAAUGAUGUAACAUGACCAAACAUAUUUGAGGACACACAGAAAUGUUAUUUGAAUCUGAUAGAAGUUCUUUGCAAAAAUAUUUGGAUUAAUGUGUACAAUGGGAAUAUGAUGUAAUUUUAAAAAAUUAAAUAUCAUGUGUAACAUUGAAGAAAUAUUAGUUGAAUAUAAUCAUUCCGUGGAUGAUAAACAGAUUGUAAAUGCACAAUGCAUAAACAGAUGAAAAUGAACUUCAAGAAGAUUCAUAAAAACAUUUUCAAUUCUAAAUUGUUUAGUCUUUGCACAUUUCAUGAAGACAUAUGAAGAAAGAAAGAAAUGAAACUGCUGCAGAGAAACAUCAAUGUACCCUGAAGUUUGUUUUUUAUGGCUAUUAUAUUUGAUUUUGUGAAAACUAGUAAAAGUUUCAAUCUCUAAGCUUGCAACUUGAAUUAAAUUAAAUAUGGAUGGAUGAGACAGAUUUCUGAGAAAGAAAUUUCUAGAAGGAAUUUGGGGAUGCAGGAGGGAGGAACUGGGGAAGAGUGAUAUACAUGAACGUAAAUAAAUUUGACAAAUUUAGAGAAUUAAUUCUUUGACUUACUAUGAUAAUAAUAAUUGAUAAUACAUCUUCCAUUACGAGGCUAUUUCUAACUUUUAUAAACAACAGAUGCAGAAUCUUCUUCUAUUUCAUUUUAUAAGUACCGCAAAGAUAAGAUUAUCACACAAUAACUGUGUUAGUUUAUUAUAAUUUCUUUAAUUUUUUGUGAAAAACCAUGCUGAUUGAUCCUAUGAUGUGAGAAAGUGUUACGAUGAAGUCAUAAAUUUGCACAUUUACUUGGCUACCUCUUAAAGCACGUCACAUAAAAGCACCUGCAUGCGCAUACUAAUCGAACUUUAGCACACCAUCAAAUAUAAAUGGUAUUAGGGAAUUUUAAGUUAUAUUUUUCAUAGCCAACCAUACUUGCUAUCCUGAACCAAAAAUAACUAAAAUAGUGGCAAAACAUUACACCCCUUUCCAAAACCAGUGAACUGAAUUUCAUCUUCUCUUUAGUUUUUAACCCUUUUUUGUGAGUAAGAUAUAUUUUUGUGUUUGGACAAUGUACCUUUGCAAACUUUUGGUGAAUAUUAAACAUCUUUUAAACCAGGUCAUAGCCAUUUUUCAGUUAGCGUUUUCAUAUAAACUUGUAAAGAAGCUUUUUGAUCUUUGCAGACAAGUUUUUGUUUUUCUACAUUGAAAAGUAGCAUUUUGUUGUGUGUGUGUGUGAGUGUUUCAAUUCUUUAAAUUUAUUUAUUUAUUUAUUUAUUUACAAUUGGUGAAACUGAACUAAUUGUGAUCCAAAAAAAAAUUAUAACCAUCACAACAAAAUACUACUCUUCAGUGUUGUAAAAGACAAUUAUUCUGAUGGUAUUUAAGAAGUUAUGAUCCUGCAGAUACUGGCACUAAAGAUGGUGAUGAUGAAAUGGGCAAUGAUAAUUUGAAGGAAGUCAUUGAAUGCCAUAAUUUUGAAGUUGGAAACUUGGUGUUUGUUCAGUUUUAAAGCAAGAAAAUGUAAACAGAUUACACGGGACAGGUUAUACAUGUUGGUAAUGUAGGUUCUAAAUAUCAAGUAAAGUAUCCGAAGUGGUUUGCCAAAACACGAAUUGUGAAACUGAAACUCUGUAAUAAUAAAACUACCAAAGCCAGUGAAAUACGAUAAUGCAUGACGACAGAGUGAACUAUAUCUCCUUGGGUUAAUUUCUGGAACAGUCCAAAAUAUCCUGUGAAAUAAAUAUUUAAUAUUUAAAAACUUAUUUUAAAAAAUGUUGUAACAUUAAAGGUGAAUAAUUAUAAUGGGAAGAUACCAUCUUUAUUUUCAUAUGUUUAAACUGUAUUAUUGUUAGAAGUGAAAGGAAUUCCUUAAUUUUGCUUUAAAUUCACUUAAAAAAUAUGUAUUACUGGUUCACAAGGUUGUGUUCAAUUGUACAAGACCAUCAUGUACCUCUGACCAAUUUUUCCAGGAUUUCUUUUUGAAAUAUAUGUUGUAUGACAUUCAUACAAAGGAAAUGGUUCGAUUCUAAAUAUACAUAUGCUUCUUCUAAAAUUAUGAAUUUUAAAACAUGAAAAAAGAAAAUAAACAUUAUUUCUGUGGAAAAUGUUCAAAGGUAAACAAUCUCCCAUGUAAUAAAUUUCAUUUCCUGGUUGUGCAUAUUUGUUUCCAUGCACGUUCAAUUGAAGUUUUAAAUUUUGGGGGGAUACUAUACAUUUCAGUGAAAAUUAUCCAGAAUUAUUAUUUAUUAUUGCUACUUCUAGAAGAGCGAUGUAGUUGUCACCUGACUCGCAGAAACAGUUUCGGAAUGCACAAAACAAAUUCUUCUAAAUGCAAUAUGACCAAGAAAAGCAAAAAACAAAUAUUUUUGCAUUAAGAAUUUUAAUGCAUCUUAGGUAUGUUUUUACUUGGAAUUCCUAAAUUAAUAAUAUUCAUAUGUACCACAUCUGUUGAAGUUUUAGUUCAUAAUCCUCAUUAUGUCAAAUUGAUCAAUAUGAAUUCAAUACUCAUUGUUAAACUCGUUUUAAAAUUUCAAUUUUCGAUGUUAAUACCUCAGUUGUGAACAAACUGUUGUAUGACUGUGGUUCUCUUUGUCUCUUGUUAUAAAUUCUUUUUUAUCAUAAUCCUUAUAUCAUGUUUUUUCUCAAUCCUCAAUACAGGUAUAUUGUAUGAAUUGCUAUAUAUUUAUUGAUGAUUAUUAUAGCCAAUGUGUUUUAUUUCAUGGUUCAGCACAAAUGAAUGAACUGUUUUCACUGAAUAUGUGGAUGUACUUGAAAUAGAGUGCCUCAAAUUCUUUGAAUUUACUGCUGCAUUGUGAGAGUACAAAAGUACAAUAUACAAUAGUCUUGUAGAAGUCACUUGUUAGCAAAAAUCAACAAAAAAAAUUGUUUGCAUUAUCAAGUUUUGUAAGCCACUUCUUCAAUCACAAACCAUUCAAAAGGAAAUCAAUAAUGUUAGUGCGUAGAUAAAAUUAUGCAGGUCAUGGUUUUUCAGAGUUGUAAGUUUCCUUUUUGUAAGUCACAGUUGUAUGCAAAGAUUUGCUUACCUUACAACUUGCAUACAGUCAGUUUCAUGUUACAAUAUUUACAACAGUCUAAGUGCACAUAUCUUAAAACUUCUUUGUCUAGUUGAAUGGUUUGAUAAUGUAUCUAUGUAUAUAACCUGUUAUUUAAUGCUUUGAAGAAAUGAAUCAAAGAAUAUGUCUGUACAUGCAAGGUAAACAUACUUCUUUGAAUCCACAUGUAUUCCUCCCUUGAAUGUGUGAAUACAUUGAUUCACUGUUUCCAAAUAUUUCCAUUGUCAAGUCACUAAUGUGAUCUGCUGCAUAUAAGAGAAUUUCUAAGAAAAAGCUCAGGGUAUGAAACAUCACUUUUCAUUUUAAAAGUGAUUGUUUUGUUAAAGCAAACAAAUACUUACACCUUUUACUUAAAUAUUAAUUACUGGUUUGUUAAUGUCAAUUUAUUGUUGACACCAGAGCCUGAUUAAUUUAUUCAGUACUUUGCCUAAAGGAAAGGCAUGCAUGCAGAAAUUGUGACUUUGAUAAGAAUGUUGCUGGAGCAAAACCAUAGUCUUAAUUGAGAAAAUUACAAAUAAGUGAAACUAUGUUCAUUGUGAUAGUGUAUAUAGAAAGUUGCAACAUAUGCUAUGCCGUUAGCAAUGCUCCAUUCCUUAUCUUAUGGUGACUAUAUGUUUAUAGUGCCUAAAUAUUGAUUAGUAGAUAAGAAAGCAAUCCUAUGCUGUUGCAUAUCCCAACUUGAUGAACAUGCACAAAUCAAUGUGUUCACCUUGCAACAUAAAUGUAAGGAAAGAGUACUGAAAUGAAUGGAACAUGAGCAUUAAAACUAAAAAAAACAAGAACAUAGUAGACAAAUAUUACUGAAUAUUUUUUUCUUCCUCAUGUCAUUUUGUAGAUGUUUCUUUACUUGUCUAAUUCAUUAGUCAAUUAAAUGAUCACUACAACAUAGUCUGUUGUUAAUCAAUAUGAAAGAAUCUUUAUAUUACAAUACACCAAUAAAUUUCAUUGAGUCUGCAAUAAAUGAGACAAUUUGAUCACAUACUAAUUGAUGUUGGUAUCCAUUUGCUGGUAAAACUGGUUACUAGUUUAUUUUGCAAUGUUUAUAAGUCAAUGAUAUUUAUUUAGUCGGUAAACACACAAAACAAUAAGUAUUUAUUUUAUUGAAGAAGUAAUUUGAUAGAGCUUGUUCAUGCAUUGCUGAAAAAACUAAUAUAUAUAAAAGCUGUACAGUACCGUAUUGUAAAUAAUUUGUGAUU